CUCUAGGCUUUUUUAGUAUGGACGCGUUCGCUUGAUGAUCUCGCGCUGUAGAAUUGUAGUCCGCGCGAGCGUCAUUGCCAGUGAAAAUGAAUGCGGAUUGAAGAGGCGCGCGGAGAGAGCGUUUGUUUUGCGCUGUAAACGCGACGACGAAUAUGGGCAUCUGAAACUCGGGAACGAGUGGAAACGAAAGGUUGAAUGGUUACUUUAUACCCCUCGCCAAAGUGUUACUGUAACCGGACUGAGGGAAGUUAAAGGGGCUUUUCAGCCUCACCACAGUAACAGGAUCUUGAGGGACGCUGCGCUGCGUGCUAACGAGCUACAUGGGACAUAAUUUGAAUUAUUUAAUUGCGGCUCGCGCAAGCGCGUAUUGAGAAUAAUCACGCGCAGAUGGUAGACUAAAGCGCGUUCAUGGAAAACGGACAUAUUUGCGCUUGGGAAGGACAAAACUGACACUGUAUCGAGCGCGUUUGGCCCCUCUCGUCAUGCGGCGGUGGGGGAGGAUCGGAGCAGGGACCUCGCAGCGGAUUUCAUGUUUCGCAACAAUAUUAAAUGCCCCAUAGCGAGGGAUUAUAAGGCCUCAAAAUGACAAUUGGUAUCCAAACGCGCGCUCGAGAAGUUGCGUAAAGAGUUUGUUCAGCGAAUAUCUAUCGAUAAUAACCAAAGCAGACAGCCCAAUUCAAUCUAAACUCAUUAAACGGGAAUGUAUAUAUCAAGUAUCGUUGAAUGCAGCAUGCCAAGUCUAUGAUCUGCAUCAUUUGCUCGAAUUGAUCAGGGAACCAUUUCGGAAGCGUUUGUGUGUCUUAACGCAUCUUUAUGUGUGAAGUUAUUUUGUGGUCCUCUGCGCAAAUGGCGUCUUUCUCAGACUCCGACCUGCAAACAUGUCCGCUGUGCAAGGAGCUGUGCGGCUGCUCUGCUCCGAUCUCCUCCAAUUCAUCUACCUCCUCCUCGUCCUCCCAGACCUCCAACUCCUCAUCUACCUCAUCCACCAGGAGGCUGCACGUCUUGCCCUGUUUGCACGCCUUUUGCAGGCAAUGCCUGGAGGGCCACAGGAGCCCAGGUGACCCUCUGAAGCUCAGAUGCCCCACAUGCGACCAAAAAGUGUCUCUGUCGGAAUCAGGCGUGGACGCGCUGCCUUCCUCCAACUUUCUCUUCAGCAACCUGCUGGAUGUGGUGGUCUCUGCUGAGGAACAGGGCAAGAACGGUCGGCCUUCAUCGGUGGUCCAUCACGGUGGUCUUCUGAGACCCCAUCACCUCUCAGACCCUCGGUGCAGCUCUUGUGAUGAGGGCAACCCCGCUACCUCCCACUGCCUGGACUGCCAGGAGUACCUUUGCGAUAACUGCGUCAGGGCCCACCAGAGGGUCCGACUCACCAAAGACCACUUCAUCGAGCGUUUACACCUGGCCAACCGCACCAACAACUCCAACACCCCGAUCAACAUCUCCCAGUCCUUCCACAGCAGCUUCUCCAUGCUGAAUGUUUUCCAGGAUAGGAUGGACUUCUGCCAGCAGCAUGAUAACGCGGUGCUGCGUUUUUUCUGCGACAGCUGCGCCGUGCCGAUUUGUAGAGAGUGCAGCUUGGGCAGACAUGCGGGUCACAGUUUCACCUACCUGCAGGAAGCACUGCAGGACUCCAGAGCGCUGACCAUCCAGCUGCUCGCAGACGCACAGCAGGGCAGACAGGCUGUACAGCUGAGCAUCGAGAAAGCCCAGGCCAUUGCUGAACAGGUAGAGCUGAAGGCUAAGGUUGUUCAGUCAGAAGUAAAAACCAUCACUCUUCGUCAUAAGAAAGCUCUGGAGGAACGCGAGUGUGAGCUGCUCUGGAAGGUGGAGAAGAUUCGCCAGGUGAAGGCAAAAUCACUUUACCUGCAGGUUGAGAAACUACACCAGAAUCUCACCAAGCUGGAUAGUACUAUCUCCACAGUGACGCAGGUUCUAGAAGAGGGCCGUAGUAUAGAUGUCCUGCUAGCACGAGAGCACAUGCUAAAUCAGCUACAGGAGCUUAAAUCCCUCCGCUGCAUCCUACAGCCCCAAGAAGACGAUCGCAUCAUGUUCACCCCUCCAGACCAGGCUCUUCUGAUUGCCAUCAAGUCCAUGGGCCUCAUCAGCAGCGGAGCCUUCGCCACAGCUUCCAAAGCUCAUGGUGAAGGCCUCAAGAGAGCGCUGCAAGGAAAGCUAGCUUCCUUUACCGUCGUAGGGUAUGAUCAUGACGGUGAGCCUCGCUUGUCCGGUGGUGACAGCGCCUCAGUUGUGCUUAUGAGUCCGGAUGGUAAUCUGUCCAGUGCAGAUGUUUCCGACCACCAAGAUGGAACGUACACAGUCGGCUAUCUGCCCAAGAGCGAGGGUGAGCAUUUGCUCUCGGUGCUUAUAUGCAAUCAGCACAUUGAGGGAAGUCCUUUCAAAGUGAUGGUCAAAUCCGGUCGCAGUUACGGUGGUGUAGGCCUGCCCAUUGCAUCUUUCGGAGGAGAGGGCGAUGGGGACGGGCAGCUGUGUCGGCCUUGGGGCAUCUGCGUGGAUAAGGAGGGCUAUGUGGUGGUCGCUGACCGAAGCAACAACCGUGUGCAGAUCUUCAAGCCUUGUGGCACGUUCCACCACAAGUUUGGCACUUUGGGCUCACGACCGGGCCAGUUUGACCGCCCUGCUGGGGUCGCCUGUGACAGCCAGAGGAGAAUCAUUGUGGCAGAUAAGGACAAUCACCGCAUCCAGAUCUUCACCUUUGAGGGUCAGUUUCUUCUCAAGUUUGGUGAGAAGGGAACCAAAAAUGGACAGUUCAACUAUCCAUGGGAUGUGGCCGUCAACUCUGAAGGCAAGAUCCUGGUUUCAGAUACACGCAACCACCGCGUGCAACUCUUUGGACCUGAUGGGACUUUCCUCAACAAAUACGGAUUCGAAGGUGCCCUCUGGAAACAUUUUGAUUCGCCUCGCGGUGUGGCCUUCAAUCAGGAAGGCCACCUCGUUGUGACCGACUUCAACAAUCAUCGGCUGCUUGUCAUCAGGCCUGACUGCCAGUCAGCACGCUUCCUCGGGUCUGAGGGAACCGGAAAUGGCCAGUUCUUGCGGCCGCAAGGCGUAGCUGUGGACCAGGAGGAUCGUAUUAUCGUGGCCGACUCCCGCAACCAUCGCAUUCAGGUGUUCGAACCCAACGGCAACUUUUUAUGCAAGUUUGGGACACACGGUAACGGCUUUGGGCAAAUGGAUCGCCCCUCGGGUAUAGCGGUUACCCCAGAUGGAAUGAUCGUGGCUGUGGACUUUGGAAACAACCGAAUCCUCAUGUUCUGACCUUUUAAGGUUUGAAAUACAAAACCGUAGCCAUGGACAAAUGGAAAAGGAGAUUUUGCACAUCUAUCAGGAGCAAAUGCAGUUUGAUUUAGCGAGGUGACAAGAGUUGUAGGGACUUUAUAGUUUUGUACGAUUCUCAGUGAUCGUGUAACUCCAAAUGCUUGCCGUUACAGCACAAAGUUUUGGCUGCUGCAAGCUAAGAGUGUUUUGCUCUUGGUAUGUGUCUUCAAAUCUUUUUUUUUCUUUUUUUUUCUCAGGGAAUUUCUUGCAUUCUUGAAAUAUUUUCUCUCUGCAUUACACCUACCUCAUCUAGCUUAUGUAUGAAUGUACUCACGUUUGUGCAGAGACCUAGUCCGUGAAGUUUUAUAAAGAAACGUCUACCUCAGUGUUUUUUUUUUCUUUUCGUAAAAUGUGAGGACAAAAAAAAACUAAACAAAAUGAAGCAAUGUUUGGGUAUUUGCACAGUUCGCACAAUUUGUUCCUGAUUGUUACUGUGCACAGAACGCAAAUUAUAUCCCUGAAUGUUUCUCGUGACGAUUGAUAAAAACGAAGCUGCAUGUUUUGGCAGAAACAUUAGGAUAACGUUUUGAUAUAUCUACUGCUAUGUUUUCUUUUUUGAAUUUUGAUGAUUUUUGAAAUCAGACUUCAUCUUUAUCUCGUACCUCAUCUAAACUUUAUACCUCAUUUACCGUAUUAUACCUCUGGGUCCAUGAGCCUCAUUACAUUUACCUCACUUUAUGGUCUUUGAAAAUUAUGCAAACAGUUACCAAAAAUGAAUGCUGUAUAACUGAUGAAAGAGACUGAUAAAUUAGACAAAUUAUCUGAAUUUAGUAAUUUAAUAAGACCCUCAUGAUGUAAUCAAGAGUUUUGCUCUGACUAUGAGAAAUGCAACUGCAGAAGAACAUAUACAUGUGAUUAUUUUAAAUGAUACAAGAGUGAAUUGGAGGCUGUUCUUUAAAGAAGAUCUUCAGAUCUGUUUUAUUUUUGGGGAGGGAAAAAUUUAAAGAAUGUAGACACUAAAUGGAAUAUCUAAGUGUAAAAAUGACCUAGCCCUUAUUUUUGUGUUUCUAUAGUUUUGUUUUCUUUUUCAUAUGCAGAAUUUAGGCAAGGUAAAG